AUGUCGGCCCUCCACAAGUCGGCGCCCCACUCGGCCCGCUCAUCGCCAGCGUCGACGCCGUUGAACAUGUCGCGCCACACAUCAGCGAGUCCGGCUCCAUCGAGCGCAUCUGCCUCUCAGCAUGGGCAGGAGACACUGGAGAGCGACAACGACUCGCAGGGCGUGCAGAUGAUCCUGCGAAUCAAGCGCAAGCGCAACCAGGAUCCCGUCGAGGCUCUCAUUAUCAACCAGAACGAGCGUAGGAGCAAACGCAGGUCCAUGGUGUUUCCUGAUACGACGAAUGAAGCGCUAACAUCAUCUCAGCACGGCUCUGCUGAACCGUCGGAAGCACCGCAGAGCAAGCAGCGCGGCGUGUUUCGGCUGGCUGAGACGGUGUCGUUGCAAUCCUUUUCGGAUCCCAUCGCGGCCCGCAAGCUCCACCAGCGCAUCUCUGCACUGAGCAGAGGCUCUCCAGCCGGCCCAAGCACCAAACCCCUGCAUCCCUCCAAGCUGUCUCAGAGCGUCUCGUCGCCCUCGCUCACCCAGACCAUGCAGCACAGCCUCCGACAAGCCUCUGCAACUUCCACCGAGGGAGCCUCGGGCAACAUCGCUGGGGUUUCACGAACACAGCGCUCUCUGGCCAACUCCGUUCCUUCGCUCCUCAAGUCCGCGGACGCAUCGACGUCAGCAACGCCGGCCGAAAGGGUGAAAGCGUUGGCGUCCGAGCAGAUCGAUCGCGACAAAGAGCGCCGCUCCCGAAGCAGCACGCCUGUCGGAAUGCGCUUCAGGGUCGUGAUGAAGGAUUCGGCAGGCAAGGGACUCCGCAGGUCUGGAAGCUCGGCAAGCCUCAGAAAGAUGCGCCACGGUGCGUUGCAGAGCUCGCCAUGGCACACGAGCGCAAGACCGCCAGAGAUUCGAUCCAGGAGGGAGAAAGAAGCCGAAGCCAUCUUUGGCAGGAUCAUCGAUGCCGAAACCGAGUCCAGCGGCCCGGCAGCAUCUUCGUCCUCCCAAAGAGCGCCGAGGGAGAAGCAGAACAAAACUGCCCAGCCGGACGUUGAGAUGGAGGGUCUCGAUGCCAAGUUUGCCGAGAUGCUGGGUGACUACCUCCGAUCCAACAACAUGGAGCCGGCGAAAGACCUUGAUCAGAUGGUUCAAGGAAGUUCACAAGCUGAUGCUGCUGCUCCGGAGAGCAUCGUUCCUUCGCCCGGGUUGGAUGACGAGGAUGGAGACGAGGAAGACUACGUGUACGACGUCUACUAUCGCGACAUGCUACCCACCAAGGCGGGUCCGCAGGGUUCUUCCGAGACGGGUCUCCAACCGGCCCAGGUCGCAGGACGCGAGAAGGGUGCAGCAGCCGCGUAUGGGGCUGUGCCCGACUCCAUGGCUCUGCCCAGAGUGCUUGGCGGCGAAGUAGUGCCUCCCGAGUCGGCUGCGCUGGCUGCGGCGUUCCCCGGUCUGGACUUUGCCGGGCCCAAUGCGGUGAUUGCGCAUCUGGAAGGGUUUGUCGACAGCGACGAUGAGCUGGAGCAGGCCGACGAAGAAGGUUUCGAGAGCUUCGACGAGGGCGAAGACGAGGACAGCAACGACGAAGGUUUCUACAGGAACGACUACCCCGAACAGGAACUGCCCGACGCAGACGAGGUCGACUUUGACUACGACGAUGACGAUUCUGACCUCGACGAGCACGACCAAUACUGUGACCCUAUCAGAUGGAAGCUUCUGAAAGCCGCUCAACAAGAUGCAUACAGCCAAUCUGCUUGCUCGAUCGUGUGCGUGACGCUGUGGCUCAAGCUUAUGAAGGCGGAGCCACGCGCUCAGAUGCCGCUCUCGAUGGCCGAAUGCCGGCAGGCGGCUGCAGCCAUCCGCGCCGGUGAUGAGCGCACAUCCGCUCGCUUUGCACUGCACUCAUCCAGCCAAGAGGUGGUCUCGAACUCGCGCAUGUCGUCACUCGCCGGGAUGAUGAGCGGAGAAUCCGAGUGCAGGGCCAGGUGCCCAAGCGAGCACCGCGGAUCCCGAUUUGGCGACACCCAGCUGCAGUCACACCGCAGCGGCUCAGCAGCGGUUCCGCCACGACAUUGCAUCGACACAGUGCAGAUGCCACAGCUCGGCGUUUGGCGCAAUCUUAUACGGCCGAGAUCAGCUGGUUGGGGCCACCACCCGCUCGAGCUCGCUGCCUCUGUGACUUGCCACCAUCUCAUUGUCAUCCGCCUCGGUCCACCACACCCAUCCUGGCUCGCAUCGUCGCACCCGCUUUCACCUCCGCUCCUCCAUCUCAUUCUUCCACUCUUGUCGCAGCUGCACGUUGCAUUAUCAGCUUUCCCAUAUACCCAAGCUGAUCGCCACAAUCAAGGUCGCACAAGGUCCACGUCUCGAUUCGGCUUGCCUCGACGUCGCACUCGCAGUCCAUCUUCGAUACCUUUGCCACCCUCGCCAACCCUAACUCAACGUCGCCGUCGAAAGAGCCUCGCACUUCCAAAGCUUUUCCACUUUUCGCCACCUGCGCCGCGCCGUCUCAUCAACAGCUUCGCGCGCCCCUCGGUUCCCGCCCAGCAUCCGCAGCACCAGUUGAUCUUCGGCGUUCCCGACGAGCUGACUCCCUCGAGCGAUCCGACACCCUUUGUUCAUCACCGUCUCUCGAUCGAACAACGGCUCUCCUUCGGCAUCAUCCGCACCUCCUAG